UUUCUCCACACUCCUCUUUUCCCCACCGUCAGCACCGCCAAAUCCAAUCCAAACCAACCCACCGUUCCUUCUCUCUCUCUCUCUCUCUCUCUCUCUCUCUCUCUCUCUCUCUCUCCUUGUUUGGCUUCCAUCUCCCACCCCCAACUAGACAAAUAUGUGUUGGUGGCGAGCGUUGGUGGCGGCGGCGGUGGCGGCGGCGUUUUGUGUUGGAACAGGAACAGGAACAGCAGUGAAUGUGGUGUCGAAGGUGGAGGAUGCAGCUAACUUCCACAUCUACUACGGCCAGACCUUCAAAGUCAUCAAGAAUGUCAUUGACGCCAAGAGCUACCUUCUCAUCCAGAAUAACUCGAGGAUGGCCGCUACGAGGACAAAGUACUGCACCCAAAGGAUCCGAUCUUUUGUGGUUCCUUUCUCAAACUUCUCCGCUGAUACUUACUUCUUCCCUGUGGAAUGCAUGCAGUUGCUAGGGUUACUGGGGCUUCUGAAGGGAAUCACAACAAAUGCAGUGGCGUCUGCAUGUGCUCUGAAACUAUAUGGAGAAGGACAAAUUACAAUACUUAAUAAAGAUGCACCGGAAGACUUGAUGCAAUUUGCUGCCCAUUUUGUAACCAACACUGAUCAACAACAGAACUAUUGCAACUUGGCUGAUUUCCUGCCUUUCUACGAGGACCACCCUUUACAGCGAGCAGAGUGGAUAAAAUUCAUCGGUGUUUUCGCAAACCUUGAGACAAGAGCCAACCAAGUUUAUGACAGGAUUAAAGAAAAUUAUUUGUGCUUAGCUGGAGCUGUAGCCAACCAGUCCAGACCGUUCAAGCCGGUGGUAGCCUGGCUCGCUUUCUACAACGACAUUUGGUCCUUCACCCAGGAUAAGUCCAAGUUGAAGUACGUGGAAGAUGCAGGUGGGGAGAACAUAGAUACCUCUAUCAACAGAAUCACUUACAAUACCUCCAAUCCAGAUGACUUGGAGGCACUUCAUGCUAUCCUUUGUCAGACGGUGGAUGUGGUGAUUGAUGAAACCGCAACUCUUGAUCCCGCGGCAUACACGGUGUCAAGCUUCCUUGAGAAUGUGGGCGUCGAAGAUCACUCUUGCUUUGCUUUCCUCACCAACCAAACCUUGUGGAGAUACGAUAAACGAGCCUACAAUUCAACUCUUGAUUGGUACGAUGGAGCAGUGUCGCAGCCUCAAUUGGUUUUAGCAGAUCUUAUUCAAGCAUUUUCCUCGCCCGGGAAUGCUUCCACCACCUUCCUAAGGAACAUUGCUAAGGGUGAAGGAGUUUUAAGCAUAGACGGCAGCAUGUGUGGCAGCCAAGAUUUUUCAACUCCCAUGGAUCCAACCAUCCUGCCCUGCCCAUAACUAGCUCAAUACUAAUUGUUUUGAUGGAAUUCUUUUCAGGACUUUUUCAUUUAUUUAUGGAUGUGCUAGCUAACAUAGCCACAUCUUUUGAUACUCAUAAAUUUAGUUAGAUUAAGAUUUUUUUUAUAAGGAUGAUAUAGUUUUAUUAAAAGAAGAAAAGGGGAAAGGAUUUGGAGAUGACUGAGUAAUAUUUUGUUGUAGAAAAUAUGAUUUUAAGUUAUUUAAGAGACAAGUGUG